CCAUCUGCUGUGCAUAUAAGACUAUUGAUCCAUCCCAUCCCAAAGAAAAUUCACGAGAAGUCGAGACAUAAUUAAUAAAAGCAAUGGGACCAAAGAUCUCUUGUAACUUUAGUGUACUUUUUUGCAGAAUCAGUGCGAUAUUUCUUAUAUACGGAAUUAGUCGAAUUUACCAAAAUCAUCAAGCGAGGAGCGAGAGAAAUUUACCUGAACAGAAUGUGAAAAAAUUGACAGUAGAAAAUACGUCACCAUCCGUAAAGCAGCAGGAAAUUGUCACAGAACUUUCAACAUAUUUAGGACCGGGGGCAGACGGAGAUCAGAUAUAUUUACCCGCCAACAGGGAGCAUUAUGAAUAUAUAAGAAAUAAAUCUUUGCUACACGAGGUUAAUAACUUUAAUAGCGAUUUAGUAGGACUGAAAAGAAUACUUCCUGAUCAAAGACCAGAAAAAUGCAAAGAUAUACAAUAUCCUAGUGAUUUACCGGAAGUCAGCAUUGUCAUCACUUUUCGCGAGGAGUCAGUUCCAAGUUUAUUACGUACCGUUUACAGUGUGCUGGAAACUUCACCAGAUCGUCUUAUUAAAGAAGUAAUCUUGGUGGAUGAUGGGUCAAAAGAUGAAUAUUUGAAAGCGUCUGUUGAAAUUCACGCGACAAACGUUGACAAAAUAAAGCUUCUGAGAAAUGAACAGACGCUUGGAUUGAUGAGAGCUAGACAAAGAGGCAUUGAAGAAACCGGAAGUGACUACUUUAUUGUUUUAGACGGACAUAUAGAGGUGACUCCAGGCUGGUUAGAGCCAAUCCUUUACAGGUUGGUUCAAGAGCCAAAUGCAUUGCUAACGUCACAUAUCAUGGUUCUGAACAAAGAAACGUUCGAAAUAUCAAGGGGAGAUCACGAUAUAGCUUUUAUGUUUUUCGAUCAAAUUACAUUGAAUGAAUUAUGGGUAAAAUACACAAACGAUUACCGGGCAUAUAGAAACGGAAGUGUGUCACCAAUUCCAUAUGGCAUUGUACCUGGCAUGAUGACGGCAAUGAGAAAGAGCUUUUUCUUUGCAACUCGCCACUGGCCAGACCCGGGAGAUUUGGAGGAUCGACACAAAAUUAGGCGAGAAAAUAAUUGUAAGCCAUACCAGUAUUAUGUUGACAAAAUUCAAAACAUGACCCAUAAUUACGUCCCGAAAUCACCACGGGUAACCGGUGUUGUUAGAAACGAGCAGACAAAAGCGUGUCUGGAUCAUGCAACAAUUGAUGGAAAGUUUGUUCUUAUAACAUAUUCUUGUACCGGAGACUCAAACCAGUUUUUCGUAUUGACUGAGGAUAAUAACAUUCGAGUAGAAAGGUCGUGGCUAUUGGUUAUACCCGGUACAACCAAGCUAAAACUGGUUCGAGACAUAACAGACUGGUCGGGACCAGAAUUUCUAUGGACUUUUGAGAACAAUAGCAUCAUUAAGCAUACUGUUACAGGAAAAUGUUUAACAGAGAAUGUUAGGCAGAAUGUUACUUUAGAGGACUGUGUAAACUCUCGCAGUCAAAUGUGGAAAUGGCCAUUGACGGCGUAA